CUGUGGAGGCAGCCCUGAAAACUCUACAAGAAAAGAUCUGCCGUCUGGAGUUGGAGAAGUCACAAGCUGAAGAUAACCUGUGCAGCCUCUCCGUAGCAGCUGCUCAGUAUAAGAAGGCCUUAGAGCAUGAUUCCUACAAAAAGGACAUAGCACAGCAAGAGCUGAUGCAACAGAGGAAAGAUGUAAGUGUGCAGUUAAACGAAGCACGAUCCCGCUGCUCCCUGCUGGAGAAACAGCUGGAUUACAUGAGGAAAAUGGUUUCCAGUGCGGAACUGGAAAAGAAAAUGGUUUUAGAACAACAGGCCCAGCUUCAGAAGGAGGAAGAUCAGAACCAGUUAGAACUGCAUGCAAAACUUGACAAGCUUGAAAUGCUAGAAAAAGAAUGUCUUAAACUUACUGCUACUCAGAGAAUUGCAGAAGACAGGAUCAAACAAUUGGAAGAAAAGCUUCGUAAAAAAGAGCAUCAGCUUAAGUUAAUACAAGACACAACUGCUCAGCUUCAAGCAGGAUUUGAGAUAAACAGAAUUUUUAUGUCUUCAGUAACAUCUCAAAAUGAACCUAAAAAGGAAAAUGGGAGGAAGAUAAAAACCAAGAAGAGAAAUCCUACAAUGAAGAAAACGCACUUUUCACAAUUACAUGUAAAGGCUGGUGAACUACCUUUUGUGGCUGGGAAGCAUCGCAAUCCACGUAUCUCAUCACGAAGCCAAGGAGGAGCUACAUCUGGGAUUUCAAGAUGCAGUGCACCUUCAAAAUCUAUGUCCUCUUGUUCCACAUCACCUACUGCCACUAGAAGUCUUUUGGACCUACUGUUGGCCAUACGAGAUGAGCUGGGCCAAAUGAGCUUUGGGCAUCAAGAACUUCUGAAGCAGAUAUGGCAGACUCAAGACUCCAAAGUUCGUGAAGACCUAGAACGGGAGCUGGAUUGCCUUGUAAAACAAAUGGAGAUUAAAGGAGAACAAAUAUCCAAGCUGAAAAAACAUCAGGCUACUGUGCAGAAAUUAAAGAGAAGAACUCAGAAAUCGAAGCAAGGGGCAGCUCAUGUCAGACUGAAGUGUGGUGACCAAAAGGAAGCAAAGGAGAUUGCAGUCCCUGUAAGGGAAAGUAUGUCUAAAUCUUGUCCUGGGCAGAAAAGCAGAAGCUCUCUUCAGCUGCUAAAAAAUGUACAGAAACUUCAGUCGACACUGAAAAAAGAUCGUAUCAUGUAG